AUGAGCCAGUGGGACCUAGCGGAUACGCUGCAGCCUACGAGGAUUCGCAGUGGCAAGAAGCAGAAGAUAUUUGGCGAAGUAGAUACCACGCCCAGCGGAGAAGCAGCGAAACGGCGCCAGAAACUAGGCACCUUCGAUGAGCUCUUGAAUGCAGCAGGCCUGGAUCUGGCCAACGAGGUGGAACCUCCGCCGGAGGAUGCUUCACAGCUUUGGCACUUCUGGGGCGGCGGAGGCAACACCGGCAUGUCUGGCCAGAUGACCAACAACCCAGAGCUCGUGCCAUCGGAGAAUGAGGAGUCACGUGCGUUCCACUUCUCGCACAAGGGUGUUGCUGUUUCAGUGUCAGAACGGCGGCGGCAGCCGAAAGAUCCGCUAGCAACAGACUACACCGGAGACUUG